CUCCUCUCUAUUCUCUAUAAUUGUGCUCACUAUCUCAGUAUUACUCCAUGUCAUGGGCCAAAGCACUAGAGAUCUAUGCCCGGACUGCGCCAGAUACAAUUUCAAAAGACGUUCUUCUGCGUUUCAUGGACGACACCAUCACUAUCCGGGACGCGUAUAGAAAGGCGAUGUAUCAUUACCUCAUCCUUCCACGCCUGCCUUCAUCACUAGUAUCGAAUCCCUCUCAGAUAUCGAGUCUGAAAUGCCUUCUUUCCGGGGAUAAGGAGGAAGCUCUUCACGUCCUCCAAGUUCUUGGCAAAGAAGCCGAAGUUGCCAAGACUGACAUUUUGGAGGAUAUGCAAAAGAAACACGGAUUUCAGUGGACAGUCAACAUUGGAUUCCAUGCAGUUCCAUCUAUGGAGCACAUCCACCUGCAUGUGGUCUCGUCCGAUUUGCUUAGCUCGGCUUUGAAGAACAAGAAACACUACAACUCCUUCUCCCCAAAACUCGGGUUCUUCAUACAUCUAAGCGAUGUGCUGUCCUGGCUGACAGAAGGCGCAUCAGACAGUCGACUGAACAUAAACAGCGCCAAGUACGAACCACUACUUAAGACCGAUCUUUCGUGCUUCAAGUGCGAUGAGUCAUUCAAACGAAUGCCACGUUUGAAGGAACAUCUUGAAGACGAAUGGAAGAAAGAGAAGAGACACGCAGUCAAAGAGAACGCCAGGAAAAGGCAGCGUGGUGCGGAUGGUGGAGAAGACAUGGAGCGAGCAGCAAAGAAACACAUAGGCGAAAAAGAAGUUGCAUCCCUGGCCGAUGGUCAAUGAUGUCCAAUACGCACGUUUCUGCACGACCCGGGCAAGGGUGACCAGAGUUUUGCGCAGUCCCUAGGCCCAUUGCCUCGUAGGAUUUAUUUCGCCUCUGAGAUUCAGUACAUACGUGGUGACUGAACAACCGGCUAUGGCAUGUGUCGAGAUUCUCUGUAUUGUCGGUUUGUCAUGGGCCCUUAUCGCCGACAUGUGUAUGUGGAAGGAUGAAGGAGCUGCUCAAACACGCCAUACCCACUGCCUUGAUUAGAUAUUAAUGUCC